AUGCGCCAGGUGCUUUUCGAGGACGAGGAUAGCCAGGCGAUUGUGGUCCCUUCGGGAGACGAAUCUACAGAGGCAGAGAGGUCUGGCAGCUCCUCCCAGUCCCGGCAGGUUGAUGCAGACUCAAAGGUGAAGAAGGCUCGUCGGAGGCGCGGUGAGGUUUUGGAGGACAUGGAUGCGUGGCACUGUGCCCAAUCCAUCGGUGAAGCUGCAGGGUGCUUGUCUUCUGCGAGCGCAUCGGUCACCAAGCUGGCGCUGAGAGGUGUACCCCUCACAGAUGAGGAGUGA